GGAAGUGCUGCUAGCUCUGUGUUCCACACGGGCCCCACGUGUUAGUGCCUGUGGCCGCCACUCGCCGCCAGUGAUGGAGUUUGAGGAGCUGGGGAUACGGGAGGAGUGCGGUGUGUUCGGCUGCAUAGCGGCGGGGAGCUGGCCUACCCAGCUGGAUGUGCCCCAUGUCAUCACCCUGGGAUUGGUUGGACUGCAGCACAGGGGACAAGAGAGUGCUGGCAUUGUAACAAGUGAUGGGAGCUCGGUGCCAACAUAUAAAAUGCACAAGGGCAUGGGUAUGGUUAACCACGUGUUCAGUGAAGAGAGUCUGAAGAAAUUGCACAUGAGUAACCUGGGUAUUGGCCACACCAGAUACUCCACCAGUGGGAAUUCUGCCUUAGAAAACUGCCAGCCCUUUGUGGUUGAAACGUUACAUGGAAAGAUUGCUGUAGCACAUAAUGGGGAGCUGGUCAAUGCUGCUCGGCUCAAGCGAAAGGUCAUGCGUCACGGCGUGGGCCUCUCCACCAGUUCAGACAGUGAGCUGAUCACACAGCUGCUGGCCUUCACUCCGCCACAGGAGGAAGAUCACACUGCUGAUUGGAUUGCACGCAUUAGAAACUUAAUGAAUGAGACACCGACAUCAUACUCGCUGCUUGUCAUGCAUAAUGACGUCAUAUAUGCCAUACGUGAUCCUUAUGGGAACCGGCCUCUCUGCAUUGGGCGCCUGAUGCCUGUCAACAAUGAAGGAAGAGGAAAGUGCUCUGCUGAGACUGAGGGCUGGGUGGUGUCAUCCGAAUCCUGCAGCUUUUUAUCUAUUGGUGCUGAGUAUUACCGGGAAAUCCUGCCAGGAGAAAUCGUAAAGAUUUCAAGAGAAGGAGUUCAGACCCUGGAUAUUGUGCCGAGAACAAAUGGAGACCCAUCUGCCUUCUGCAUCUUUGAAUAUGUCUAUUUUGCACGACCUGAUUCAAUUUUUGAAGGGCAGAUGGUGUAUUCGGUGAGACGGAGAUGUGGGCAGCAGCUAGCCAUAGAAGCUCCAGUAGAAGCUGAUCUGGUCAGCACAGUGCCAGAAUCUGCAACCCCAGCAGCAUUAGGCUAUGCAGAAAAGUGUGGUCUUCAGUAUGUGGAGGUGCUGUGUAAGAAUCGCUAUGUAGGACGAACGUUUAUCCAGCCCAAUAUGAGGUUACGACAGCUGGGAGUGGCCAAAAAGUUUGGAGUCCUCUCAGAUAACUUUGUUGGCAAGCGAGUGGUUCUGAUUGAUGAUUCUAUUGUGAGAGGGAAUACGAUCUCCCCUAUCAUAAAGCUGCUCAGGGACUCUGGAGCCAAAGAGGUUCACAUUCGAGUAGCAUCGCCACCUAUAAAAUAUCCAUGUUACAUGGGAAUAAAUAUUCCCACAAAAGAGGAGUUGAUAGCAAAUAGACCAGAGUUUAAUGACUUGGCUGGUUAUAUUGGUGCAGACAGUGUUGUUUACCUCUCAGUGGAGGGACUUACGGCGGCGGUCCGGGAGGGUGUCAAGGCCUUCAAGGAUGAGCAGAAUGGAAUAAACGGCAAAACAAAAUCAUCAUCUCAUGGUCACUGCACCGCCUGUCUCACAGGAGAAUAUCCAGUGGAGCUGGAGUGGUGAGACCAUUCCCAUAUGUAUAGGUCACAGAUCCACUGAUGGAUGUUUGAUGGACAGCUGCUACCAAAAUGGCAACUCUUUGCUUGUACAAAUAUUUCAUGUUCCCCUAUGCACCUCUGGACUUCAGCCUUUUCUGCACUGGAUCGUUAAGGCCAACUUGUUUACGAAUGAGAUGUGUAAAUGACAUUACGUGCUUUUUCUAUCGCUCUUUAUUUUGUGUAAAUGGUCAGUUGUAUUUCUUAACCACAUGAAAGUGGUAGAUUGUCAGUAAAGGGCAUUUUUUUUUCUUUUUUUAAUGGAUGGUACAGGAAGGACUACAGCAUGGUCUUAUUCCACAAAAAAUGAACUUUAUCAAGACUGACUUGCACUAUAUUAAAGGCAAAGCAUAUUCUAUUUCUAAA